AUGGAGUCUGCUGACUGUGGCUGCUUUCAAGGGCCACGAGCACCUGCUGUCUCUCUUACUUCAGGCAGGCAGUGUGUGGCGGCCCUCUUGCCCGUCACCUCUCCCACUCCCGCACACCCCGAGGCACACACCCCGGUGCACCUCGCCAGUUAUUAUGGCCACGUGGAGGUACUGGAGCAGCUGGCAGGUGCUGGCUGGCCCCUCACCGCCAGGGACAGUGAUGGCAACACACCCAUGCACUCUGCUGCGGCCGGGGGUAGAGUGACAUGUGUGCAGUGGCUGGUGCAGCGAGGCGGUGACACAAGUAUGCAAAAUAAUGCUGGACACACCCCGCUUGACAAGGUAGGCAGUGCGGAGGGGCAGGAGGGUGGACGUAUGCAAACUGUCUUACGAUCUGGUUCAAAGUUUAACAGAUAG